CUCGAGACCAACACCAAAACAACCAUGUCUUUCGAGAAGACCUCCCMAGGAACCACCGCUKCUUCUUGUUCUCCACCGAAGCCAUUGCCCGAAUACGUCAGCGACGAACUGGARUAUCUGCAGCCCUCCCAGGUCGACGAAGCCGCCCGCUUGCUGGCGGAUUGCUUUCUGGACGACUCCAACCCUUCCCCGCAGUACAGCUGGAUCUUCGAGGAAUUGCUGCUCACGGAAGAGGAGGAGGAACGCGCUCCCCGGGCAGCAGGCAAUCACAAAGAAGACCCGCGGAUUGGCAGCAAGCGACGCUCGCGCCAGCGAGAUGCCCUCCGUUGGAUCUUCCGUAAAAAUCUGGAAAUCGAGCUCGAGCACGACGCCGCACAGAACCGCACCACAGCGUGCCGGUGUUCCUUUCGUCGCAAACCGAACCAGCCACCCGAGAUGGUGUGUUUCUUCAUCCUCAAGGACGUACAAUCACCCACAACGAACAACAGCGGUAGCACCGACAAAAAAGACGGGGAAAGUGGUGAUGGCACCAAGAUAUCGACAUGGACGAUGCUCCGGAAUGGAAUUCUUUGGUUUCCGAUCCUAUUUGGGUGGAGGGUCUUUUACAGGUUGCUAGUGGUCAAGAAUUAUUUUGAUACUGCAACCUUGGAGCUGUUGUCCUCGAAUCAUGUAGUUCGUUCGUGCCGUGCUCUGGAACGAGUGGUGGUCCAUCCCUCGUUGCAGGGAAAGGGGGUAGGGACCUUUUUUUUGCGKAAGGCAUUGUUCGGUGASGGGACGGACGAUGGUUCYGCUGGCAAUGGUAACAGCGGUGGCGGCAGCGUGAUACUGCACACGCAAGAAGAAAGGAAYGUUGCGUUUUACUCGAGACUCGGUUUCGUCGUCGUGAAGAAAGAUCGACCAUUCUCCGGUGGCACCAAUUGGGCGAUGGUGAUGACAAGUUCUUGACCAGAAAGUCGGCUUUGGGCAUCGCCAUUGGCUCCGGUACAACAAAUAGGAUUGCAACCACCGUCCGCUUUUUCGUUUUGGUUCGUCGCAUCGAGCGAGCGCAYAACGCAUAUGCAACACGAAYGCCUUCCACACUGGGCCACUAUUUCCCACGAGUGGCAUUAUUUUCUUUUGUACAGAAACGCAKCUUUUUGUUUUGUGAGACGAUCAAUGAAKAGAUGACAGCGCUCAGUCCCGACAGCAUCUUAUCGUUCGGYGUUGURACGGCUAUUGAGCAGGGCUGACAUUAGAAGCAAAYYUCCACCAAUAAAAUUAACUUCUUGCCAGAUACCAGUGCCCAGAGUUUAUUGGAUCUUAUUCCACGGUAUCAUUGGAUAGGCAGUGAUUCUUCUGUAUUUUCAGAUGCCRCAUCUUAUUGCUUUGGUCAGGAYUGUCCCAACUCAUUUGGUGGCAAGUGUGAGCUACGACAAAUUUUYGUGGAAGACAAGACUACKASUAGUAUCAUUAGAAUGURGCAGUAACGCUAGAUGAAUUCUUUCCUACAUUAUCAGUUCAAUUAUCACGAUUAGUGUUUCGUGAGGACAACCUUCAGCACUCGUCCAAGAAGGUUGGUGACCUCUUCUUGGACACCCUGAAGCACUGGUGUGCCUCUGGAUAAGCACAUAUCCAAAUUCUUGGUAAAAGAGCUAGGCUUUAAACCAGCUACACAUGAGCCAUGGUGCCUSWAUUACAAACAUGAUCCCAAUGAUGGUCUCACCAUCAUCCUCAAACAAGUGAUGACUUCCUCRUUGCUAAGAACCAGCAUGAUGAACACAUCUGUGACAAGAUCAGGCAGCACAUUCAGCGCCACAUGUCCAACCGACUCAAUAUACUAGGCACCAUCUGCAAAUUCAAUGGUAUCCAUGMAGAGCAAACUAUGCUAUUCAACCAUCUCCAUUAUGCAAAGUAAAUUGAAAAAGAUAUGCUCUCRUGACCCACCAUGGAUAGGAUGGGAGUACUGACUCCAAAACAUGGAAAUGCCCUACACCAAUAAAAGAAGAAUCAGGAUAUUGAAAACAAUUACAGAUGGAACAGGGACCAGCAGGAGACCCCCUUGAAGCUGCCACUGAACUGGAACAACAGAUGGGAUUCAGCUAUUGACAGUGCAUAUGAGAWCUGGUCUAUGCCCUAAAUAUCUGUCCCAUAAAUAGUAUCUCCAUUGCAGUUAUCACACUACUAGUAAGUCAACAUUCCCAUUGCCCUGCUAAGAUCUGCYGCAAAGCAAUCAAACAGGUUUUUGCCUACCAACUACUAGCAACUGAACAAUAGGGACUCRCAUAUUGGAGACCUGCUCUUUGCCUCAAUAUCCCAGAUGCUCAACAUUCAAGUCCAAUAUCCUCCAAUCCAGAUGAAUUGACAAAGUUCUAUCAAAGUUCCAACCCCUCAAUAUCCAUGGUGCUUAUUAUACAACUUGGGMAUCUGAUAGAACAAAGAGGCAAGAAUCUAUGGGAGUAUUGCUAUCAUUAUGUUAGCUGGAGCUGCAGUAUAYUAUCGUCCUCAUACCUGUAUCCAGCCAACUAUUGCAUAGAGCUCUACUGCUGGUGUAGUAGUAGUAGUAGUAGCUGAAUUUGCCAACAUGACAGAUGCUGGUAAAGCAGCUCUUUUUUUCAGAUGAAUCCUUUUUGAACUCCAAAUACAACAACAUACCCCUACACCCAUACUGGCAGACAAUUAUGGUGCUGCUAUUAGGAUGCURGCAAAUGCACAACAACCUACUAAAUCACCAUGAAGAACUCAACACAUGGUGGAAAUGAAACUCUUUGUAAUCCUACUACUAUACUAAUGGACCAAUGAUGAAUUCAUUUAAUAUAUACAAACCAAAAUC